AUGACCGUCAUCUCAGUACCCCUACUUCUCCACCCUCUUAAUUUCUUCUAUAUAAACAAACUCAGUCCUCCACAAUCAAUCAACACUCUGCCAGCCAUGGCUGUCGACGACUCCUUCAAAAAACCAGGUGCUGUUCCAUUCAAGUGGGAGAUCCGACCAGGUGUGCCCAAGCUUCCAGAACACGACCAACCAACACCGUCUAACCACCACCUCAAACCACCACCAGCCACUCCAACCCCGCUGUUCCGUUUCCCGUCCUCACCAUGGACCACCCAAUCCAAUGGCUUCUGUUUCGACAACCCUAUAAUGGUUGGAGGACCCGAAGUUGUAUCAUCGUCGGGUUGCUUUCCAUCCCGAAAAAGAGACCAAAGGAAAACAAACAAGCUCCAUGUAUACAAAUCGGACCUGGACACGUUGUCCCAAUGGUCUAUGUCCACUCAAAAGUCGCCGUCACCGUUUCGUGACUCACCCUUCUCAUCCUCUUCUUUCUCAUCCAGCUACCUUUCAUCUCCGUGGAUGGUGAGCGAUGUGGAAUGGGCAGGGUUUGGUCUCUUUUGAAGCUAGCUAUCACAAAGUAAAUACUCUCGAUACAUAAGAGAUGAAGCAACUUGAAUCGACCAUGAUCAUCCAGUCAUUUCAUGUCGAUUUCGGUAUCAAGGUUUCUUGUUCAAAUUUUGAAAUAAAUGUUUGUUUGUUGACAUCGGUAACUCGUGUAAAGCUA